ACGAACAAAGUUUUGAAAUCUCAUAAACACAAUAUCUCCGAUAUAAAUGAACUUCAGGCUACGUUAGAUAAAAAAGCAGAUAAAGAACAUACACAUAAAUCCUUCACUACUGUGAGAGCAGACGACAUAAUAUUGAACUAUACCCUUGGUUCAAGUGCACCUUUAGAGAAUCCAAGUACAAGCGUAAAAGAUACACUAAACUCCUUAAAUAACAAAUGUAUGAAUAUCGAAGGUCAUGUCAGAAACUUUGAAACACAUGAACUACCAGCAAUGUUAGAUAAAAAAGCAGAUAAAGAACAUACACAUAACUCCUUCUCAACUGUUGCUAUAGAAAGUAUUGAAGGAACGGUUGGCAGAACUGGUGGGGAUGCAUUAUAUUAUAAACCUCCUAACUUUCCACAAGGUUUAACAUCGAAUGAAAACAUAACAACGAAGAAAGAAAUUAGCUGUAAAAAUGUUUAUGUCAUGGAUGAUGAAAAUAAUGUUAAAUUCACUGCUCAAGAUUUAUAUGAUAAGAAAGCCGACAAGAACCAUACACAUAAGUCCUUCACUACUGUUAGAGCAGACGACAUAAUAUUGAACUAUACCCUUGGUUCAAGUGCACCUUUAGAGAAUCCAAGUACAAGC